AACUUCGUGAUCAAACAAUACAAAAUUCCUCUAAUAAAUAAAUCAAUCUCGAUACUAUAUUUAAAUACCUUAACAAUAAUUAUAUUUACAUUUUUUUUUUUUUUCUAAUUUUAAUUAAAAUUUAAAAAUUAAAAAAAAUAAAAAUUAAAAAUCUUACUUUUGUGAAUAAAAUUAUUAUAAAAAUUAUUUUGAAAAAAAAAAAAUUAUUGUUUGUUAUUUUUCACUUUCAAGUAGUGUUUAUAUUUGUUCACUUUAAAUGGCUUGUGAAUAAUUAAUAUUUUGUAAUGGGAUACUCGUAGAACCAAGUAUACAAAUUAUCGAGGGGGUGGAUAAACUCAUCACCCAAAACAGGUGGAAAAAUCGUGAGGCAAAUGAGGAUACAAGUGAUGGAUUGACAGUCACGUGGGACUGAUUGUGAGAAAGUUGAAUAAUGAGUAUCCCGCUGUGGUUUUUUUUUAUUCUAAUUAUUCUCGUAUUGGUCACACAAUGUCCAGCAUCAACUCGCAAAGCCGAACGAGAUCACUGCAAUAAAACUGUUGACAUUUAUGAGGAUGUUUCGAGUCCAGCAGUGACGUCUGACACAUGGGGAAAACCAUUGACCUGCUGGUAUCGGUUUAGGUCAUUUCGAGGUACACCACGUGACUGGAUAUUACGUGUUCGUUUUAAGAAAUUUAAAGUUGGUGUAUUGGCAAAUGCAACAACGUGUCUCGGUGGAUUUUUACAAAUAAUUGAUGGUAAUCAAAAAACACUAGUGAGCAAUCGCCGUGAACCAGGUGUAUUUUGUGGUGAAUCAGAACAACCACAAACAUUUAUAUCAGAAACAAGUUUUGUACGUGUAUUAUUUCAUGCUGAUAAUUUUACUGAUCAAACAUAUUUUAGUUUUGAUUCACGUGCUGAACAACAAUUCGAAGUUUAUUUACGUUAUGGACAACAUCCAGAAUUGUAUCCAAAUCGUCGUGGUGAAAUAGUACCAGGUAGUUAUUGUGAACGUGAUUUUAAAGAUUGUCGUUUACAAACAUGUUACGUACAAAGUCCAGCAUAUCCUGGUAUAUAUCCACGUUCAUUACAUUGUAAAUAUCGUUUAAAUACACGUCAACCGUUUAUUAAGUUAUACAUUGAGAAUGAAGAAUUUAAUAUUGAUGGACAACGCUGUGAAAAUAUUAUGACCUGUCCAAUGAGACCAAUUAGUUCUGGUUCUCAACAUUGUCCAUAUGAUUACAUACGUGUUUAUGAUGGUAAAGAUGAUAGCGCAAAAGUCAUUGGUACAUUUUGUGGUAUGGGAAAAUUUCCAUACAGUAUAAUUGGUACAAGUGCUGAUCUAUAUGUUGAAUUUGUAUCAUCACCAGCUGGUCCAUUAUUAAAUACUGGCUUUCAUUUUAAUGUUGGUAAUUGGCCAGCUCAUGUUGAAACAGCUGGUGUUAAAAAUGGUAGUUGUGAUUGGUUAUUAAGUAGUGAUUCAUUAUUACCUGGUGGUGAAGGUAUAUUUUUAUCAGUUGCACAUUGGUAUCCACCACAUACUAGUUGUACAUAUCUUAUUAGUGGUAAAAUUGGUGAAAUAGCACGUUUAUAUUUUCCAAGUUUUCGUGUUAAUCGUAUUGAAUCACCAAUUAAAUUAUAUGAUGGUGAUUGUGGUGAAAGUUUAACAAUAUACGAUUCAAAUUGGCCAGAUGAUGCUAAAAUUAUUAAAACAUUUUGUGAUACAUUUAGUAAACCAAUGGAAAAAUAUGAUUUUAUAUCAACAACAAAUUCAAUGUUUGUUAGAUUUGAAAGUAAAACUGGUAGUUAUUCUGGUAGUUCAUUAUAUUAUUGGGCACAUUAUGAUUUUUUUAAUGCAACUAAAUUUGGUGAAACAGUAUUAAAUACAGAAUGUGAUGAAAAUUUUUCAUCAUGGAAAACACAAUCUGGUGUAUUACAAUCACCAUUAAAUACAUUAUUAUACAAAAGAUCUGGUGAUCCACCAAAUGAUUUAUCAUGUACAUAUAGCUUUUUAACUGAUAGCCGUUUAUAUGCAAGAGUUAUUAUAAUUAUAAAUUCAAUAACAUUUAAAGAUAAUCCAUAUUCACAAUGUGGCCAUUGUUGGGACAGUCAUGCUGAUCGUUUAAUAAUACGUGAAAUAAAUACUAAUAGUCAUAAUAGCAACAAUAAUAAUAGUAAUGAAACAAGUAAAGGUGGACAUUGUUUGUGUAAAUUAAAUUCACCAUUACGUAUUGUAUCACGUGGUGGUAAAAUUGAAUUAAAAUUAUUAAUUGAUGGUAGUCAUUCAGCAACAAGUUAUUUUAAACAAUCAAUACCAUUAUUUACUGCAAAUUAUGAAUUUAUACAUAGUCCAUUAUGUGGUCCAGCAUUAUUAUCACCAACAACUGAUGGUGAAGUUGAAUUUCCAAAUUAUGAAGCACUCGGUUAUGUUACACCACCACGUACUAUUAAAUGUAUAUGGGAAUUACGUGUUAAUCCAGAUAGAGAUUUAUGGUUAAAUUUUGAUAAAAUUAAAUUUGCAUCACGCUCAUGUGAAGAUGGUAAACUUGAAAUUUUUUUAGCUGGUUCACUUGAACCAUAUUUAGGUAUAUGUGGUGAAAAUGUUAGUUUUGUACGUGAAAUGCCAAUAUUAUCAGCUGGACAAUUGGGUAUGCCUAAAAUACCAGAUGGUGAACCACCACCAAUAAUAAUACAAUUUACUGGCUCAAUGACACCAGCAAAAGUUGCAUUUAAAAUAGCAUGGACUGAAUUAUAUCGUUUACCACGUGAUAAUAAUGGAAAAUUAAAUACCCAAAAACUUGAAUCAUGUGAAUUUAAAUGCCCUGGUAAUAGUGGUUGUAUACCAAAUAAUUUAUUAUGUAAUGGUAUUGUUAAUUGUCCAAAAAUUAAUUUAUCAUCUGGUCAAUUAUUGAAUGUUAGUUUAAUUGAACCAGAUGAUGAAUCAAUUGAAAUAUGUGGAGGACCAAUUGGUGCUAAUGGAAAUAUUGGAUUAGUUGGUACUGCUGGAUGGGCAGGUGCUGGUUUAAGUGCUGGUAUUGCAAUAUUACUUGGUAUUGCUUGUCUUGUUAUUGUUUGUCGUUUAUGUAAACGACGUACACACACAAGAGAUAUUCAUGUGCCCUAUUAAUGCAAUUUAAUUUUUUAUUUUAUAAUUUAUAUAUUGUUAAUCCAUAUUCAUCAUGAGCAUUAUUAAAUUAAGCCACACACAGUACAGAGAGAGGAAUAGUGACAGAGUUUAUAAACAUAAUUAACUGACAAGAACAUGGACAUUUUGAAGCUGUCUAGAUAUCUAUAUAUCUGACAGAAAUAAUUAAAUUCCAACAUAGAUAAGAUUUUGUACGUGAUGAGUACAAGUAAGCUAGUAAAUAUUCGAUAAUCUGUCAGGCAAACUUUGUAAAAUCCAUUUACUAAUCUUUUAAAAAGUUAAUAUAUAAUUUUGACCCAAUUUAUUUAUCAAAUCAACUAAAUUUAAAUAAUAAUAAUGUUUUUAAAAGUAUUAUUAUAUUCUUAUUUGUAAAUAUUAAAAAUAUAUUAUUUAAAUUAUUUCAAGAAGAUAAUAUAUUUCAAAAAGAAAAAAUGUAAUAAAUAAAAAUUGUAAUGUAAUGCGUUUUACAAUAAAUAAAUAAAUAAUUAAACUAGAUAAUAUUAUCAUCAUCGAUAUAAUUAUAAAAAAAAAAAUUACAUUGUAUUGUAAUUAUUACUGUAAUUGAUUAUUAUAUUUUUUACAAAUAAAAACAAUUGAAAAAAAAAA